GCGAGGCCCCUGUCCGUGCCUGACCCGUUACUGCUGGCCGGCCAUUCCGCCUCCGCGCCGUUGUGGCCGCCGGUCGCCCGCUAGCUGGAUUGUUGUGGAGACCCGUCUGGAACUACGUUGUACUCGUUUAUUCAGUUCCGAGUGUUCAGCUUUAUGAGUGCAAAGGAGUGUAUAUAGCAACAUUGCCAUGGCAUCUCCUGCUUCUGUUACCAACCUGGGGAGUAAGGGAAGGCCCAGCCCACUGCUAACAGCGGCAGUGAGGAAAGGACACUUGGUUUCUAGGAUCAGUUUUACAGGGUUUGACGGUGUCCGGAGGUGGCCGUGUGUGCCAGGGAGACUGUGUAGAUGUAUGGUCAUAACUAACUUGAUCGACGAGAAGGGAGCUCAAUUCUCAUCAAGAGCAAGUGUGAGUGUUAAAGCUGAUGAUGACAAUGAUCUUCUUUCGAAGCCCCUGCAGAGGCCAAUCCGGCCGACUGGGCCUCCAGAAAGCUUGAAUACAGCAACCGCAUCAGCACCUGCCAGGAAGCCAGGUGGCGCAAUAUUGCGAGACAGAGAGAAGGUUCGAGAGUCAUUGGAUGAGGUGUUGGAGAAGGCAGAGAAACUUGAGGCCUCAAACUCUAGAAAUUCAGACAGGGAGAACAGUAAAUUGAGACAGAAUGAUGUUGCAAAGCCUGAUAGUCCAACGGCAACAGUGGUGGAGGAGGGCCCCAAUUCAAAAAGAACAAAAACACUAAAGAGCGUAUGGAGAAAGGGGAACCCUGUGCCAACUGUACAUAAGGUGAUUAGAGAUCAGCCACGCACUGAUAGUAGGUACCAGUCCAUAUCUCCAGCUAAACCAGCAGUCUCUUCUCCAUCAAAUUCAGCACCUCAGCUACUAACAAGACCUUCUGUAGCAUCACCACCUCGUCGGCCCGUAAAGGCUGAUACACCAAAGGAGAAAAAAGGACCCAUACUGAUCGACAAAUUUGCUUCCAAGAGACCAGUAGUUGACCCAGCUGUAGCUGAAUCACUGGUAGACCCUGUAAAGCCCAUACGAGGCCCACCAGUGAAAUUGAAGGAUAAUCGUCGUAAAAAAGUCCUCACACCAGCUGGUUCCCGCCGGCGUGUGCCAAACAAUGAUCGAAUAGUUGAUGACGAUGCUCCAAUUCGCAAGGGAAGGAGAUGGAGCAAGGCAAAACGUAGGGCUGCCAGGCUUGAGGCUUUAGAAGCUGAAGAACCAGUUAGGGUUGAAAUCCUUGAAGUUGGUGAAGAAGGUAUGGAUAUUGACGAAUUAGCAUAUCAAUUGGCAGUUGGCGAAUCAGAAAUCCUGCGAUUUUUAUCUGUCAGAGGAGCAAUGGUCGACAAUGUUCAGACUCUUGAUAAAGAUUUGGUUAAGAUGGUUUGCAUGGAAUAUGAAGUUGAGGUAUUGGAAAGUGGUCCAAUGAGAGUGGAAGAGAUGGCAAAGAAGAAUGAGUUCCUUGAUGAGGAAGAUUUGGAUAAACUGGAAGUACGGCCUCCCAUUGUAACUAUAAUGGGUCAUGUCGAUCAUGGGAAGACUACUCUGUUGGAUUAUAUACGCAAUAGCAAGGUGGUGGCAUCUGAAGCUGGUGGAAUAACACAAGGAAUUGGAGCAUAUCAGGUUCUUGUGCCAGUUGAUGGAAACCCUCAGGCUUGUGUUUUUCUUGACACUCCAGGACACGAGGCGUUUGGUGCCAUGAGAGCUCGAGGAGCGAAGGUAACUGAUAUAUGUAUCAUUGUCGUAGCUGCGGAUGAUGGCGUUCGGCCACAAACAAACGAGGCGAUUGCGCAUGCAAAAGCAGCUGGUGUGCCUAUUAUAAUAGCUAUAAAUAAGGUAUAUGUUGUAGCCACUUUCUUUCAUAGUUGCCAUCCCCCUUUCUCAUAUUUCAGUCACCUCCUAUGCAAGCAGGUGGACAAGGAGGGAGCUAAUCAAGAACGAGUGAUGCAAGAGCUUUCCCAAAUUGGACUUAUGCCAGAGAUGUGGGGUGGUGAUACCCCGAUGAUUCAGAUAAGUGCUCUCAAAGGAGAGAAUGUUGACGAGCUAUUAGAGACUGUCAUGCUUGUUGCCGAGUUGCAAGAAUUAAAAGCCAACCCUCAUAGAAAUGCAAAGGGCACAGUUAUAGAAGCAUGUCUUGACAAGGCUAAAGGACCUCUUGCCACUCUAGUUGUACAGAAUGGAACCCUGAAUAAGGGUGAUAUUCUUGUUUGUGGUGAGGCUUUUGGAAAGAUCCGCGCAAUGUAUGAUGAUCGUGGAAGUCUUGUAGACCAAGUAGGGCCAUCUAAUGCCGUGCAGAUUAUUGGCCUGAACAAUGUACCCCUUGCUGGUGACGAGUUUGAGUCUGUUGAUGACCUUGAUGUUGCACGUGAAAGGGCAAAUGCUCGUGCUGAUGCAAUGAGAAUUGAAAGGAUAUCUGCGAAAGCUGGGCAAGGAAAAGUCACUCUCUCAUCCAUUGCGGCGUCUGUUUCAUCUGGAAACCAAACAGGGAUUGAUACGCAUGGGUUAAAUGUCAUACUUAAAGUUGAUUUUCAGGGUUCCAUUGAGGCCAUUAGGCAAGCCAUUCAAGCGCUGCCUCAAGAAAAUGUCUCUUUGAGGUUCCUACUUCAAGCUCCAGGUGACGUGAGUCUUAGUGAUGUUGAUCUGGCUGUUGCUUCGGAAGGAAUUGUAUUUGGUUUCAAUGUCAAAGCUCCAGGAUCAGUUAAGAAAUAUGCUAAACAGAAAAGUGUGGAAAUCCGAUUAUACAAAGUGAUCUAUGAUUUGAUUGAUGAUUUGCGGAAUGCCAUGGAAGGACUUCUUGACCUUGCUGAGGAGGAGGUACCUCUUGGUUCAGCCAAAGUUCGAGCUGUUUUCAGUAGUGGCAGUGGAAAGGCAGCAGGUUGCAUGGUAACUACAGGGAAAGUUGUGGAAGACUGCAACGUUCGGGUUCUUCGUAAAGGAAAAGAAGUUUAUGUGGGUACACUUGAUUCCUUGAGACGGGUGAAAGAAACUGUGAAGGAGGUUGGCGCGGGGCUAGAGUGUGGUGUUGGGGUAGAUGACUUUGACGAUUGGGAGGAAGGUGACGUUGUGGAGGCAUUCAACACUGUGAAGAAGGCAAGAACACUCGAGGAAGCCUCUGCCACGGUGACUGCGGCUCUCAAGGGUGCAGGCGUCCAGGUGUAGAUGUUGCAAAGCUGAUUACGCGAGUCUGUAAGAACUGCGGCAGCCAUUGAAUUAUUAUUUUCAACGAAGCUGGAGUGCUUUGGCCGCAUUGUUGAAGAAUGACAUUCAGGUACUUGAAAGACGAAACGUAUGCAGAUGGCUGCAUGACGUGCCCGCCUGUGCUGGGUCAUACCGUGUCUCGCCUACUAAAGCUGCACCUGCUGCUGUACGUUAGUGUACAUAGGGAAGAUGAUCAGCUGUUGUUAGUUUUGCCUCUAACAGGUAGAUAAGUGGUGUCUCUAGUUUAACACCUUUUGAGUUUUUUUUUUUUGACACAAGCUGUAACCUGCAGCUGUGACGCCGCAUCAUCGUUAUUAGAUCAUCAUUCAUCAUACUCUUCGUGACAACAAAAGAAUUGAAAAAGAGAAUCGUAAUGGAGUUUGGGUCUUCUAUA